AUGAAAGCAUACAUCUGGACCAUUGAUGUUCCUAUGCUUUCCAAAAGAAUAUACUCGGAUACUGGUGCAUCUGCCUCUACGAUUUCAAUCCUUUUAGCUUGUUUCUAUCAUCACAAAAGGAAGAUGUCUGAUCAAUCAAUUACCAAAGGAAUCUACUCUUCUGAAAGAGCAAGAGCUGCUCUGUCAGCCAUCAGAUCAGGAUACAGUAAGCGGGGACCUUUCAGUAUAAAAAUGGUGACAAGUAGCACAUUGGCAAUAUCUUAG